AUGUUCAUCAGAUAUCCAUCACUUCUUCUCUUCUUAGCCCUUUAUGUUGUUUGCAUCAUUGACUUGGUCGGCAUAGCUCAAGCACAAAAUCAAACUCAAGCUACUACAGAUCCUAAUGAAGCAAGAGCAUUGAAUUCGAUCUUUCAACAAUGGAGAAUAUCAGCCAACACUAACCAAUGGAACACAAGUGGAGACGUAUGCAGUGGAGCAGCCAUUGGUGCUUCUCCCGCCAUAGACAACAAGGAUUUCAACCCUUUUAUCAAAUGUGACUGCACUUUUCUUAAUGGCACCACUUGCCGAAUUACUGCCCUGAAAGUUUAUGCAAUAGAUGUUAUAGGUGCAAUUCCAGAUGUACUUUGGAGCUUCACUUACCUCACCAAUUUGAAUUUGGGUCAAAAUUAUUUGACAGGUAACCUGUCACCAUCGAUUGGUAAUCUAACUCGGAUGCAAUACCUGACGAUUGGCAUUAAUGCACUUUCUGGGGAGCUUCCUAAGGAACUUGGACUGCUUACUGAUUUACGAGUACUUGCUUUUGGAUCAAACAACUUCACUGGUCCUCUGCCAUCUGAGCUUGGGAAUUUAGUAAAGCUGGAACAAAUUUAUUUUGAUAGUUCUGGAGUUAGUGGUGAGAUUCCUUUAACAUUUGCUAAUUUGCAGAACUUGGCUACAGUGUGGGCAUCAGACAAUGAACUCACAGGCAGGAUACCCGACUUCAUAGGAAAUUGGUCAAAGCUUACUAGCCUAAGAUUUGAAGGAAAUGCUUUUGAAGGUCCAAUACCAUCAGCAUUCUCCAACCUCACUACUUUGACAGACUUGCGAAUAAGUGAUUUAUCGAAUGGAGGCUCUUCACUGGAAUUUAUUAGAAACAUGAAGUCUCUAAGCAUUUUGCUGCUCAGGAAUGACAACAUUUCCAUUUCAAUUCCAUCCUACAUUGGAGAAUUCCAGAGUUUGACACAGCUGGAUUUGAGCUUCAACAAUAUUGAGGGACAGAUUCCUGACUCACUUUUCAAUUUGAGCUCACUCAUUUUCUUGUUUCUUGGAAACAAUAAAUUAAAUGGUAACCUUCCGGCAACGAAGAGUUCAUCACUUCUCAAUGUAGAUGUGUCAUACAAUAAUUUAGCAGGAAACUUUCCUUCCUGGGUCAGCGAACCAAAUUUAGAACUUAAUUUAGUUGCCAACAACUUUACAGUAAGUGAUUCAAACCUCAGGGUUCUUUUUGAGAGAGAUAACACAAGUCUUGGUGCAGCAUCAUAUUAUGUGAGUGACACAGACACUUUUGGCGUUAUUAAUACUGGGAUUUUUUCUGGAAUCAACAACCCUCAGUACACGACAUCAUCGACGUCACAAUUUACAAGUACUCUAGAUUCUGAGUUGUUCCAGACUUCACGACUAUCUGCUUCAUCACUAAGGUACUAUGGCUUGGGGCUUCAGAAUGGUAACUACACUGUUAUCAUGCAGUUUGCCGAAUCAGUUAUUUUACAAGGAAGCACAUGGAAGAGUCUUGGAAGGCGUGUUUUCGAUGUUUAUAUCCAGGGAAGUCGUGUUCUGAAGGAUUUUGACAUACAAAAGGCAGCAGGUGGAAUCAUGAAUCGAGCUGUUCAGAGGGAAUUUAAGGUUCGGGUAACAGAAAAUUAUCUUGAAAUCCAUUUUUUUUGGGCUGGAAAGGGGACUUGUUGCAUCCCUGCUCAAGGUACAUAUGGACCUUCUAUUUCAGCGAUCAACGCUAUUCCAGAUUUCACACCCACUGUUAGUAACAAGCCACCACGUCAGAAGAAAAAUAGGACUGGUUUGACUGUGGGGAUUGUUGUUGGCGUUGGAGUGGCCUGGCACCUACUUGAAAACAACAAUGAAAUUGAACUGGUAGACUCCAGAUUAUCUGAAUUUAAUGAAGAAGAAGUAAAACGUUUGACAGGAGUUGCUCUUUUAUGUACUCAAACUGCACCUAUGCUACGGCCAUCAAUGUCACGAGUCAUUGCUAUGCUAUCUGGUGAUAUCGAAGUGAGCAGUGUAACUUCGAAACCUGGAUACUUGACUGACUGGAAAUUUGAUGAUACAAUCAGCUUUAUGAGUGAUGGGGCAACUAGAACAUCUGAUGCUAGCCACUACAAUUCAUCCACAAGCACAAGCAUCGUGAAAAACCACGAGGAUUUGACACCAAGCACCACUGAUUCCAGGCUCCAUGACAUUAUUGGACAGGAUAUUGUGUUGAGGAUGAAAGAUUUUGAUGUGAUUAGCAUAGUUGAGUACUCUGGUACUUUUGAUGUUGAAUGCAAUCAAGGAAAAUGA